UUUCACACAAUUACGACUUCUCAGCCUAUAUCUUCUUUUUUUUCUUUCAGAAAGAACCAAAGCCAAAAUUAUAACAGAAAAAAAGGACGACAAAUUCUACCCCACCAAAGGUUUCUUUGAUGCUAAAGAAAAGCUCCUAAAGAACAGGGUUGUUGUCAUCAAAGGCAAUACGGGAGACGGUAAAACAGCAAUCGCCGUUCAACUCCUUCAUUGGCUGAGUGAGGAGCAGCAAGCCGGACAACCCCUACAACUUCACGAGAUUAAGAAAUUAGAUUUAUUGGCAACAAACAUGAAAUUAAUCACUUUUAUUGAUGAUAUUUUUGGUGAGAAAGAUGUGUGUGAAACUGAUGUACACGAGUGGAACAAAAGGAUCUCCGAUGUAAAAACGCUUUUUGCCGAGACCAAUUUUCUCAUCAUUACUAUUCGUAAUGAAGUAUUCAAUUCUUUGGAAAAACGUUCUCUUGGAACAAUUUUAACCGAAGAUAACAUUAUUGAUCUGAGUUCACAUACAUACAAACUUGAAGAAGAAAAAAAAGAACUUUUAGAGCUGUAUAAGCCAAAAAACGUUUCAUGGACAGACAAAGAAAAAACACAAAUUUUAAAUUAUGCACCAAACAUUGGAUUCCCACAAUGUUGCCAGCUUUUCUACAAUUCUGAAGAAUUGCAGAAAGAGCGAAUGACAUUUUUUGAAAAUCCUUUUCAUUUUUUGAAUGAAACAUUGUCAAAAUUACAAGAAUGUUCUGCUCUUUUGUAUCUCUUCCUCAAUAAUGGUAUGAUAAAGGUAAAAGAUCUGGAUCCAAACAGUCAAAAUGACAACCAAAAAUUGCUGGAAGAAGCUUUUGAUAUCAAUUUAAUUGAUGGUGAAAGUGACAGUACCAAUUUGACAUAUAAGAAAAAACUAGGAUUUGUAAAAGAAAGUUUAGAGAAGUUGGUAGGAUUUUUGGUAAAGAAGGAGAAACAUUGGUCUGGUGAGGAUGUGUACAGAUUUAAUCAUGAUUCUAUUUAUGUUGCUGUGGCACUUUUGUAUGGAAAAGUCACACCGAUUGGCUACAUACAGAAUUGUCCCAGGAAAUCCCUCCGUUAUCUACCAACCUCAGAGACAGCUACAAACAGGAUUGUCAUAUCAUCUGAUCAUUAUACAGAAAUGUGUGAGCGUCUACUCCGAGAGUUUGAAUGUGAGGAGUAUCAAUAUGGUACUAGUAUUGGCUCUCUAGAUGUAUGGAAUGAUCCUGUAUUUGUUAAAAGAUUUGUCGGGUUGUUGAAUGACAGAAAAGUUGAUAAACUUGCUGUGUUGAAUAAAGCAUGUGUACAUGGUGCAGAAGAACUUGCUUUAUAUCUUCUGUCACAAGGUGUAAAACCUGACAGGGACACAGCAUGGUGGUCAUUGGUUAUUAUACAUCGGAAUGAUAGUAACAGACAAGUGUGUUUACUUAGGAAGAUUGUUGUAUACUUGAAUGAUGAGUCAAAACUUGAUGUGUUGAAUACAGCAUGUUGUUCUGGUGCAGAAGAAUGUGUUUUAUAUCUUCUGUCAGAAGGUGUAAAACCUGACAAGGACACAGCAUUGUCAUUGGUUAGUGAACAUUGUAAUGAUAGUAACAGACAAGUGUGUUUACUUAGGAAAAUUGUUGUAUACUUGAAUGAUGAGUCAAAACUUGAUGUGUUGAAUACAGCAUGUUGUUCUGGUGCAGAAGAAUGUGUUUUAUAUCUUCUGUCAGAAGGUGUAAAACCUGACAAGGACACAGCAUUGUCAUUGGUUACUAGUAGACCUUGGAAUGAUAGUAACAGACAAGUGUGUCUACUUGGAAAAAUUGUUGUAUACUUGAAUGAUGAGUCAAAACUUGCUGUGUUGAAUAAAGCAUGUUUAUCUGGUGCAGAAGAAUGUGCUUUAUAUCUUCUGUGUGAGGGAGUAGAACCUGACAAGGAGACAGUGUUUAGUGUGGUGGAGAGAGAGAGAGUGAAAGUGUUACGUAAACUACUGGAGUAUGACGUCACUCUUACAGCGAGGGAUAAUAACAAUUACAAUGUCCUACAUAGGGCGUGUUGGUAUAAGAGAGAAGAGAUGGUGACGUUGUUAUGUGACACUUACCCACACUUGGUACACGACACUGAUAGGUGGGGUCGAACCCCGCUCCAUGUUGUGGCAUGGAGAGGAAACUGU